AUGACGAACUUUUUCAUAACUAUUUUCUUUAUUUCUAUCAUUCAUACUAUAUACUUCUUAUUUACUUAUUCCUUAUACAUACCAACCGAAAAUAAAGAUGUAGACAUUUGGAAUUUAACAAUUAUUCAUACAAAUGAUGUUCACUCACAUUAUGAUCAAAUUAAUGAAGCGUUCACGGAUUGUACAAUGGAGCAAUUCGAAAAAAAUAGAUGUUUUGGUGGAAUCGCUAGACAUAAGACAAUAAUCGAUAAAUUAAGAAAAGAUAAUAAAAACUCGUUGCUUUUAGACGGUGGAGACCAAUUUCAAGAAACACUUGCUGCCCACUUUAAGCAAUUACAUAUACCAAUCGUGUGUGCGAAUAUCAAUACAACCUUAAAUCCUUUGCUUGGAGCAUACAUAAAGCCAUAUCAUAUAUUUGAAGAGUACAAUCUUGCUGUUAUCGGUUAUAUAACUGAUGUAACGGAUGAGCUUUCUAACGCAGGUCAAACCAUAUCAUUCACUGAUCCAAUUCCGGUAGUUCAACGUUACGUAGAUGAAAUAAAUUCAUUAGGAAUUAACCGAAUUUUAACACUAUCUCAUAUUGGAUACAAAUUCGAUAAGGAAUUAGCUGCAAAGACUCGUGGUAUUGCCGCGCAUAUCGGAGGUCAUAGUCAUAGUUUUUUAUCUAACGAUACUACCUCAAAAGAUCAUUUGUUGAUAGAAGGACCGUAUCCUACGAUUGUCAAAAAUGCUGAAGGAGAUGAUACUUUGAUAGUACAAGCAUUUUGGUCCGGAAAAUAUAUAGGACGUUUAGACAUCUCAUUUAACCAAGUGGGAAAACUUGUUUCUCACUCUGGUGCACCAAUUCUAAUUGAUCAAUCAAUUUCUCAAGACUCUGGCUUAGUUAACUUAAUAAGCAAAUGGCGAGCUCCAUUUGAUAAAUAUACAAAUAUUACAAUCGGCAAUGCAAUAGGCGCGUUUGAUCAAUCAAAAUGCCAAAUAGAAGAAUGUACGAUUGGGAACUUGAUCGCAGAUUCAUUACUUUGGUAUUGUCAACAAAAUAUUAGUAAUAAAUUGAACACUACUAAACUCGACACUAAGCAAAUAAACGCAGCAUUCAUAAAUGCUGGAGAGAUCAGAGCUGGGCUACUGGAAGGGCGUAUCACAAAAGCUAACAUUCUAACCAUUCUGCCAUUUAAAAGUUCUCUGGUAAUUUUACCUUUGACCGGAAAAAAUAUAACAGAUUUAUUAGAAACUGUAGUGGGAAAAUCAGACAACAUUAUUUCAGGAAAAAAAGUCAGUAGUUUUAUUCAAGUCUCUGGAAUUAGAUUUAAAUAUGAUAAUAGCAAACCGGUAUUUGAGAGAUUGAUUGAGGUAAGGGUUUGGAGUUGGAAUACUAAUAUAUUUGAGCUGAUUGUAGGUGAUAAGAUUUAUGACAUUGCUACUAAUGAUUUUGUCGCAAACGGUGGUGACGGAUUGCUUCCAUAUCCAGUUAGGGGAUUAGUUCCUUUGAGCACAGGAAAUGAGAUAUUAACAAAUUACAUUCUUGAUCAGAAAAAUAUAACGCCUUAUUUAGAUGGUCGUAUUCAAGAUAUUACCUUAUUGAACAAAUAA